ACCUGGAGAUUGAAGAAUAGUAUAGCAUGCGAACUAAAAGUUAUCAUAAUAACAAUUUAUCUAUAGUUUGCAAAAAAAACGUUUCAUAACUUUUUCAUGAUGAUCAUUGUAUUCAAAUUCAUGAAAACUACAAUGUGCUGGUUUAAAUGUUAAGCGUGGCAUCUUAAUUGCAAAUCUGCAGAGAUUAUUUUUUUUCUUGAUUACUCAAGAGGAGCUGAUUAAUGAUAAAUAGUUAUUGUGUGUUCAUUUCCUUUUGGUGCUGGCAAUUGAUCCCUUAUUGACUGGAUAAGAGUAUUAGUGUACCACGAUUGAAAUAAAAAUGACAAAUUUACUUUCCACAUUUUGGUUUAUCAUAACCCUGGUUGGAGCUUUAAAAGCUCAAAACACUUCAAUUGCACCAACCUCACCAACUUUGCCAAAUUCAACGACUACGACUACGGCUAAUCCCAUUGUUGCUACUUCCCCGUCAAACGACAUUCCAAUAGGUACGACUUCAGACGAGUCUCCAACGCUACCCGUUGGUUCUACAACGAUGAGCACCGACCCAACGACCACACCAACGACAGAAGCACCCGAUCCUAAAUUUAACUUUGAAGACGAAGAGGAAGAAAAUUUUCAAGCAGAUUUGUCUGUUCUGCUACCUUCGACCUAUGUCCCAUAUCAACUUCCUGUCGUAGACAGCUCCCAAUUCAUCCCGGUCUUUGUUUCCCUGUUUAUCACAUCAGUAUCAGAUAUUGAUGAACAAGGGGGACAAAUUACAAUUGAUGCACAUUUCUCCAGGAGAUGGCUCGACUAUAAAAUAUCCAAGCGGAUAACGGGUCCUUUAAAAAAUGUCACGCUUGGAUCAGAAGCACUGGAUAAGAUUUGGAAACCUGAUAUUUUCUUCGAUGGGACGCCAUCCCAGGAAAAAGAUGCGGCCGAGGCAACUCAAAAAACUGUAAAAGUUUUAUUCAACACAAAUAACUUGAAAGACGCACAAAUCGCAUUCUCAGAAAGAACAAGGUUAAAAUUGGAUUGCUCAAUGGAAUUUCAUUACUAUCCAGCAGACACACAAAUCUGCACAUAUAACUUGAGAAGCUUUAGUUACAAGCAAAAUCGAUUAAAACUAUUUUGGGAAACUCCGAAUGCUGUAUUUCUUCGAGAUACAGGACACCCUAAUUUCGACCUACUAAUUGAAUCAGUUUGGCCCAGAAUCGCUGUAAAUGGAAGCAACAAACUAUUUGUUGAGGAAACUUUUGAUCCUUACCGAAGAGGAAACUAUUCUGCCUUAACAUUCACUAUCAAAGCUAGACGAAAAAUCUCGUAUCAUUUGGUACAAACGUAUCUACCAAGCAUACUCCUUGUUUUAAUGACCUGGUUAUGUUUUCUCCUACCCGCAAGCAUGGUUGAAGCUCGGAUUGGCAUUUCGAUGACAACGGUACUAACCUUGACAGCAAUGUUCGCCGCAGUACGAGAACAAGCACCCUCGGUUUCAUAUUCUAUGGGCAUCGAUAAAUGGAUGGUGUUUUGCAUUUUCGUUGUGUUUGUUUCACUGCUGUUGUUCACAUCCAUUUUUUGGAUGAAGAACAAGGCAAAGAAAAAUAAAAACUCUGAUGACGAUGAGGACAAAAGUGUAUCUCGUCACGGAGAUCAACCACCCCCGUCCUCCAUAGUAGAAGUUAAAAGGAAAUAUAGCCUACUUUUACGAUUUACAAAAUAUUAUGCUUUCUUUGUAUUUGCGCUGGCCUUCGUGACCUUCGUAGUUGUUUAUUGGUGGUGGCUUUUGACAUUUUCCAAUUAUUUUGACUGGAACCCGACUCAAGAAUUCAAUGCUGUUGAGGACGAUGACACCGAGACCAUGCAAAAGCCGUACUUUCACUAUUAUCGCUAUCUCAUUGAAGACGCAGCCCUUCUAUUUAAUUCGGACAUUUAUCAUCCCGCGUCAAGAGACACAUUACGAAGGGUUUUUGGCCUGGUGCAUUAAUUAAUUGACGCACGGUUUAAAUUUACCCACUACAGAAGUAACCAGGUUCAAUAAACUAAAAUUAGAUGGGUAUUUUCACAGUGUUUUUUUUUAUAUGCAUGUAAGUCUCCUAGGAUUUCCCAGCUCAACAAUUGGGCAUUUUAUUUUUAUCUCCGCUUAAAGCGCACUGCACACAGGGUCAUUUUUAGUAACCCUUUGUUUAUCAAUGCAUGCAUUUAAGGGCAUAUGUGGUAACAAACUUGUCUAUUUCUGUUUGGAAAAUCCUGUCCUCUUGAAAGGAAUAUUUUUUUUUACUUUCCUAUCCUUUUUUUAUGGAAUUUCCACAAAAACGUUGCAACCUUACAGUAUGUCAAAAAAUACCCUUUAAGUACCAGAUCCUUCAGGUAUAAAAGAGCAACAUCAACUUUUCUCUCGCAUCAUUGAAAUAUAAACCAGACACGAGCAAGCUACAAUUUCUCAUCGAAUAACAUUAAAGUUUCACCAAACAAUUUGUAUUUCUUACCAAAAUGAAUUCCCGAACCAGUUUCAUCUCCCUGCUUAUCGUAGCGUUGAUAGUGUCUGCCAUCUCAUUUCCACAGGACUCAAAAAUGGUCUCAAUUGGUGAUGUGGACUCCUCGAAGCCAUCGCCACUUGUUCCCAGCUUGCGGAAAGCUAGGUAUUUCUAUCCUGGUUACGGUGGAUAUUACGGCGGAUACGGAGGUUAUCCAGGAGGAUACUAUCCUGGUGGGGGAUUCGGGCUGAGUCAAUCAAAUGCUGCAGCUAGCGCAAGUGCUAGUUCUGGAAGCUCUGGGCUUGGAAUUUAUGGAUAAAAUAUCAAGUGGGGACUUCGGGAGUCAUCCGCAUCCACAGAGACCGAGGAUGAUAUAUGUAUUUAUUAUUAAUAAUAUGAUAUAUUUGCUCAGUGUAUUCAACCAAUUGGUGCUAUUGUUCAAUAAAGAGUCUUAAUUAAUUGUC